AGAGUAAAGUUUGGCUUGCCAUUAUCUGAAGCAUUCAAGGACAAUGUGAUACCUGUCCAGUUGCUAGAUAUGCUGAUCUACAUAGCACGAGAUGGGGUGACAACGACUGACCUGUUCAGAAGGCCUGGCAACCCCACAGAUACGAAGAACAUCUUGAAGAAGAUGGCAGAUGGCAGGGAUGUUGAGUAUUCCAAUUAUAACUUUUAUACUCUGGCUUCUGUUAUCAAAAAAUUUCUGCUGAAGAUUCCUGGUGGAAUAUUUGGUAUAGAAGCUGAGAACCAACUGUUGCAAGUUUUGAACAUCAAUGAAAAGCUGUUACAGUUUGAUGCUAUUAACAAGAUCAUACGGUCCCUGCCAGAAUGCACCCAGCAUCUCAUCUCCCUCUUGUUCGGUACGUGGUUUCGUAUGGCUCAUCAUUCAGAUCACAACAGCAUGUCUAGUGAGUCUGUAGCGAAAAGUGUAGCAGGGAGUUUGUUUCACACGUGU